AUGACAACCGGCAUCAAAACAAUGAAGGAUUUCAUGUUGAACAAGAACAACAUUAGAAACAUGUGUGUCAUUGCCCACGUCGAUCACGGCAAGUCCACAUUGACUGAUUCAUUGGUCACCCUCGCUGGUAUUAUUUCCAACGAUAAGGCCGGUGUUGCCAGAUACACUGAUACCAGACCCGAUGAACAAGAGAGAUGCAUUACCAUCAAGUCAACAUCCAUCUCUAUGUACUAUGAAAUCGAAGACAAAGAUGAUAUCCCAGCCGAUGCCAACGGAAACGGUUUCUUGAUCAAUUUGAUCGAUUCUCCGGGCCACGUCGAUUUCUCAUCUGAAGUCACUGCUGCUCUUCGUGUCACUGAUGGAGCUUUAGUUGUCAUUGAUUGUGUCGAAGGUGUCUGCGUCCAGACCGAAACUGUCUUGAGACAAGCUCUUACUGAGAGAGUCAAGCCAGUCGUUAUCAUCAACAAAGUCGAUCGUGUCUUCCUUGAACUUAAAGAAGCACCAGAAGAGGCUUACCAAUCAUUCUGCAGAUCAAUUGAAAACGUCAAUGUCUUGAUCUCCACUUACAAGGACGAAUUACUCGGUGAUGUCCAAGUUGCACCAAGCAAGGGAACUGUUGCCUUCGGUUCCGGUCUCCACGGAUGGGCCUUCACUUUGGACAAAUUCGCUAAGAUGUGGUCUGAGAAGUUCGGUAUUGACAAGCAAAGAAUGCUUGAGAAACUCUGGGACGAUAACUUCUGGGACGCCAAAGCCAAGAAGUGGAAGCACACUCCAAAGGGAGACAACGGUGAACCAUUGAAGAGAGCUUUUGUCCAAUUCUGCUUUGAACCAAUUCAGAAACUCUUUGUUUCUAUUAUGGACGGCAAGAAGGAAGAAUACACUAAGAUGAUCACCAACUUGAAGAUCAAGUUGUCUGCUGAAGACAAAGAAAAGGAAGGAAAGGAACUUGUUAAGCAAGUUAUGAAGACCUGGUUACCAGCUGGUCAAUCACUUCUUGAGAUGAUUGUUAUGCACCUCCCAUCCCCAGUCGUUGCUCAGAAAUACAGAACAUCAAACUUGUACACUGGACCUGUUGAUGAUGAUGUCGCUAAGGCUAUGGUGAACUGUGAUGAUAAGGGACCAUUGAUGAUGUACGUCUCAAAAAUGAUUCCAACCAACGAUAAGGGCAGAUUCUACGCGUUCGGUCGUGUCUUCUCUGGAACCAUCAGAACUGGAGGAAAGGCCAGAAUUUGUGGACCAAACUAUGUCCCGGGCAAGAAGGACGAUAUGGUCAUUAAGAACAUUCAAAGAACUAUGUUGAUGAUGGGCAGAUACACUGAACCAAUUGAUGAGUGCCCAUGCGGAAACGUCAUUGGACUUGUCGGUGUCGAUCAAUACUUGUUGAAAUCAGGAACUAUUACUGACAGUGAGACUGCUCACAUCAUUAAGGAUAUGAAAUUCUCCGUCUCCCCAGUCGUCAGAGUCGCCGUUGAAACUAAGAGUCCAUCUGAUCUCCCAAAACUCGUCGAAGGUAUGAAGAGACUCUCAAGAUCUGAUCCACUUUGCUUGUGCUACACUGAAGAGUCUGGUGAACACAUUAUUGCCGGUGCCGGUGAAUUGCAUCUUGAGAUUUGCCUUAAGGAUCUCCAAGAACAAUACUGUGCUGGUGUCCCAUUGGUUGUCACUGAACCAGUUGUCUCAUUCAGAGAAACCGUCACUGAAGUCUCUCGCAUCCAAUGCCUUUCUAAAUCCGCUAACAAUCAGAACAGACUUUUCAUGAAAGCCGCUCCAUUGGCCGAAGGCCUUUCUGAGGAUAUUGAAGCCGGUGUUGUUAAACACGACCAGGACUUGAAGGAAAGAGCUAAAAUCCUUUCUGAGAAGUAUCAAUGGGAUAUUGAUGAGGCGAGAAAGAUCUGGUGCUUCGGCCCAGACAACAACGGACCAAACAUCUUUGUUGAUGUCACCAAGGGUAUCCAAUACUUGAAUGAAGUUAAGGACUCUAUUGUCAACGGGUUCAACAACGCUAUGCACGAAGGUGUCGUCUGCAAUGAACAAAUCAGAGGCGUUAGAAUCAACCUUGAAGAUGUUAAAUUGCACGCCGAUGCUAUCCACAGAGGUGGUGCUCAAAUCAUCCCAUGCGCUAGAAGAUGCUGCUUCGCUUGUAUUUUGACUGGUGCUCCAUCCCUCCUCGAACCAAUGUAUCUUGCUGAAAUCCAAUGCCCAGAAUCAGCUAUCGGAGGUAUCUACACCGUCAUGUCAAAGAGAAGAGGAAAGAUCAUCUCAGAAGAACAAAGACCAGGCACCCCAUUGUUCAAUGUUAGAGCUUACUUGCCAGUCUGCGAAUCAUUCGGUUUCACCGCUGACUUGAGAUCUCACACUUCAGGUCAAGCCUUCCCACAAUGCGUCUUCGACCAUUGGCAAUUGAUGAACGGUGAUAUCAAUGAUGUCUCCACUAAGGUUGGUUCCCUCAUCGCUGCCGUCAGAAAGAGAAAGGCCCUCCCAGAAGGUGUCCCGGGCUUGGAUAGAUUCUAUGAUAAGCUUUAA